GUUUUAUUUAAAGACAUUGAAGGUAUUUUCAGACACCAUUGAUCUGUAUAUUUUAGAAUAUCUUUAACUGUCACAUUCAAUUCCAGGCAAUAAAUACAUUCAUAGACGCCAGAGGAACAGACGAAGGAGAGACGUAUGAUAUGGAAAGCAGACCCAGAAAUUACGAAAGAAGAGUAAAACCAGCGGCAACUGUGAGUAGAAUUCAGCAUGAUUCUGAAGACCCCCUGUCAUAUACAGCCUUAAAUAAGAAUUACACAAUUCCGAAAAUGUCAGCAGAGGAAAGGGAACGUCGAAAGGUGUUAAAAGAUUGUGGAAUUGAUACAAAGGGAAUGUCAAAAGAUGAAAUAGCAGAAAUUGUGAGAGCGAUAGAGCUGUCAAAACAAGAUGUAAUAGAGAACCCUUAUGACAUGGACACACAAACAGAUCAGAGCCAAUCCAGCCAAUCAGGAGUAGCUUCUCCUACAUCUCACCAAUCAAAAAGUGCAUCACAAGAAUCCAUGUCAUUGAACGAAGAUAACCAGGACCUUCUGCAAUCAGAUGGUGCCUUACAGGAUGGAAAUCUGGCAAUGGACGAGGAUUCCAAACAACAGUCAGAAAAUACAGGAAGCAAAAAGCCACCUGGUAGAAUGAGUUUUAGAUUAUACACAGGACAAGAAAAAUUAGAAGAGGCUUCAGAUGUGAACAAGGACAAGACUGUUAAAAAAGAGCCAAAGACUGAGGAGUGCAUUGCUAAAACAUCUAAAGCACCUGAAAGUCCAGAUCAAAAUGGAGGGAUGUUUGACAGGGUUGUCAGGACAUGCAAAAAAGCUAAGGCAGCUGUUUUCAGGAACUUGACCCAAAAACGAGAGGCAACUCAGAGCCCUGUGAUCAUUCCAGACUCUCCAGAAAAGGAGGAGCAAAGUGAUGAAGACUUUGUACCAAAGGUGAAUAAGAAUUCCCAGAAGAGAACAAUAGUGGAGAGCAGUGAUGAAGAGGAACAACAUUUUGUGAAGGAAAAACCAAAGACUCAGAAUACAGUCAGUUCGAAAAGAAUUAAACUGAUGCCUUCUGGUACAGAGAAAGGGAUGGACAGUCAGGAGGAACACAGAUCUCCUACUGAGAAAGAUUUGGAGUUUUUUAAACAGGACCUUGCUGAUAAGUAUGCAUGCAAGACACUCUCCACUGAUCAAAAUUUCAGGAAAACAAAGUCUUUGAAGAAAGGAAGAAGCAAAACUAGAACUCCUUUAUAUGCACCUGAUGUUAAAGAUAUUGAAAGCUAUACAAAAGUGAUCCUGCAAGCAUUUGAAAUUUAUCAUCGGAAACUUUUCCUCCUCCAAUCGAAAUCAUGCAAUUAUUUAGCGAAAGGGGAACCAGUCAAGCCUGGCCGACAUAUGGAGAAAACAAUUGACAUGAAAAGACGAGGUCAGCAGGAGGUGGCCAUUACAACUUACAUUGAAGGUGAUGAAGAUAUUACAACUGAAGAUCAUGUGUAUGGUCAAUUCUCUGUGAAUGAGAACCCCAUUGAUUUAAUGGAUGAUGAUGCAGUUCCCCACAAGGGGAUUAAAACUGGACCAGCUAAGACAGAAAUUAGACCUCUGAAAUUGACCAAAACAAGAAGGAAAGUAAGUAAAGAGAAGGAUUCAGUCAAAAACACAGUGAAUAUUAUGGAUGAUGAUGAUGAUGAUUUAAUGGAAGUGAUGGACCAAAGUAGCCAGGUAGAGUUACCUCCUCUUGAGGGUCAGAAAGAGGACCGGGAGUUAUCUGACUACUUUUUAGGACAAGACAGAGAAAAUGAUUCUGAAACCAUUCAUGAACAGAAACGUGUUCAAGACAGACACACUCCUGAUAUCUUGAUUGCAGAGGAAACAUUUCUGAAAUUUGACAAAAAGCAAGGACCAAAGAAAAAUGGAAAAGCUUCACAAAAAACCAGAAAACCAGAAAAGCAAUUACAGUUUGAUGUUCAAGCACUUAGAAAUAGAGUAACUGAAAGUAAAAAGAAUGAUAAGGACCACAAUAGUCAGUCUACAAUAUCAGAAAAUAUGUCACAAACCGGAUUUAAAAGACAUCAUAGUGACAUUAGUACAGCAAGUACAGAUUCAACUUCUAGAAUGGAAGAGGAGUUCAUUCGAGAGUUAUCUCAGAAGGAUAAAUCCAUUAAGUAUGGAACUUCACAUCUGACCAGGAAACCUGGAAUAAUGCUGAAACCAGAUGGAGAUGUUUAUGCUACGCAGAUGUGUGCAAUGGAGGAAAAGCAUUCAAAUAAGUUUGAAUUCAAUGAGGAAAACUCAAAUACCCAGAUGACAGAAAAUUAUUUUGAUGUUGGAGGCAUUGGUGAUCAAACUAACUCGAUCAUUGUGAAUGAUGAAGAGAGUGUAGAAAUGGCUGCUACAAAACGUGAUGUUGAGAAAGAGGAUCAUGUAAUUGAAGAAGUCAUCACAGAUGAUUCAGAAGAGGAAGUCAUAUUUUCUGUUAAGCAACCCAAGGAGAAGGUACCAAGGCAAAAGGAAAACAGCAGCCAAGAAGGGGAGGUAAAACUCAACAUAAAGAGAAGACUCGGACCAAAGAAAACAAGGAAGUUCCAGAUAGCAGAGUCAGACGAAAGCUCCGACAGCCCAGUGUCCAAUGAGGACAAGAAGGUGGAAAGAGAUGUUUGUGUAGAAAGUGGUGAGGAAUGGCUGUCUGCCAGAAACUGGACCAUUAAUAAACCGACUGUAAAAGCUUAUACAAGGAGAACCAGAGCCAAUGAAUCUUCAGUAAAACCUGCUCCUAAGGUGACAGAACUGGUGCCUUGUCCCAUGUGUUAUAGGAAGUUUCAUUGCGACCACAUACAGACUCACGCCGCCGAGUGUGAGGGAGAAAUCAAUGAUGAUGCCAAUGAAAAUAUGGACACAAAGGCUGGGCAAAAUCAAGAGAAUCCAUCUCCAUCCAGAAAUACGCCUGGACAGUCCUGUAUUGUGUGUCUUGAGCCACUACCACAAGGAUUUGACGAGAUUGCCCACCCUCAGUGUUUGGAAGAAGCUACACAAGCUCAGCACCAGGCCGAUAAUAAAAUGUUUUACAACACGCAGGUGGAGGAGCCAAGGACUACAAGAUCCAGGGGGCGGUCCCAACAAGUCAAAACAGCCAAUCAAAAGACAGAUGCAGCAAAUCCAUUUGUGUUCAAUAUUGAUGAUAAUUGAAUUGUUUAGGAAAGUUGAAUGUAAUCCUAUUGUUAUGAUU